AUGGGUGCUCCCGCUGGUAUCCAAACCAGUCGCCGCAAUGUCACCGGCUACCUGCCAAUUGAGAACUAUGGGUUGAUUGGGAAUAUGCGGACCUGUGCGCUCGUCGGCAUCGAUGGCAGCAUUGACUUCAUGUGCUGGCCGGACUUCGAUUCUCCCUCGAUCUUCUGCCGUCUGCUGGACAAGGACAAAGGCGGCUACUUCAGCAUCUCUCCUCCGGCAGACAAGGCCUACACGACGAAGCAGCAAUACCUCCCCUCCUCGAACAUCCUGCAGACCCGGUACAUCCACGAAGAAGGCGUCGUUGACUUGGUAGACUUCUUCCCUCGCCCGAGGAGCACGCAUGUUGUGACGAAAGCCACCAAAGCCACCAAGCAAAGCUCCUUUCGCGAGGCCGUUGCUGUCCAAGACGAAUUGAAGAAAUGGCUGGUCCGUAGAGUGGAAUGUAUUCGGGGCGAGGUUGACCUAGAUGUGGAAAUAUUCCCUGCCUUCGAUUAUGCUCGCGGCCCACACAAAACAGACCUCGGCCUCUCAGAACACCCACCAGGAUGCCUCGAGAGCAAGACGGUCACGUUCUCGUCCGAGGGUGUCAAGUUGCAGCUCGACGUUACCAUUGAUCACGGCGAAGAGGAUGCUAUAUCUUGCCCGACGGUGAGCUUCAGUAAGGAAAUGAAACCAGGGAUGCAUGGAGAAGGGGUGGUCUGCCAUAUCCACCUGCAGGAAGGCCAAGCUAUUUCGUUUGUUCUCCGCGAUGAUAUCCCCAACCAUAUCACUCGAGACGUCACCACCGAAGUUCUUGAUCGUCAGCAACACGAUACUCAGUCGUAUUGGUUCAAUUGGAUCUCCAGGAGCAAAUACAAGGGUCGAUGGCGCGAGGUCGUCUCUAGGAGUCUCUUGCUCCUGAAGCUUCUGACAUACGAGCCAACUGGUGCUAUUAUUGCUGCGCCAACUUUCUCAAUUCCUGAAGAAAUUGGAGGUGGAAGAAAUUGGGACUACCGAUUCUGCUGGGUUCGUGACUCUAGCUUCACAAUCUACAUUCUCCUCAGAAUGGGCUUCACCGAAGAAGCCGAUGCAUAUAUGAACUUCAUCAGUGAACGCUUCCGAACAUCGCGAUCUCCUGAGGGUGCGUUACCUAUCAUGUUCACGAUUCGCGGUGAGACGGAGAUUCCAGAAAUUGAACUCGACCAUCUCUCAGGAUACCGAGGUAGCGCUCCUGUCCGGAUCGGUAAUGGAGCCGCGUACCAUCUUCAAUUCGAUAUCUAUGGAGAGUUGCUUGAUGGUAUUUACCUCUACAACAAGUAUGGCAAGCCGGUCACGUGGGAGCAAUGGGUUGCAGUUCGAGAGAUCUUAGAUUAUGUCUUGACCAUCUGGAAGGAACCUGAUAUGUCCAUCUGGGAGGUUAGGAGCCGAAAGCAGAAUUACACCUACUCCAAAAUCAUGCUCUGGGUUGCGUUUGAUCGUGGUCUUCGGUUGGCAGAGAAGCGCUGUCUCCCUUGUCCGAACCGGGCUAAGUGGCUUGAAACUCGUGAUGAAAUCUACGAAGACAUCAUGACCCAAGGCUAUAGUCACAAUCUACGCUGCUUCGUGCAGAGUUAUGAGUCUGGCGACCUCCUUGAUUCCUCAAUCCUGAUCGCUCCCCUCGUGUUCUUCAUCUCUCCAAAUGACCCUCGCUUCCUCCGAACCAUGGAUCGCAUCCUCAUGUCUCCCGAGAAAGGCGGCCUGACAUCCACCGGCCUCGUCUACCGUUACAACACUGAGCAGUCCGAAGACGGUGUCGGCGGCCGCGAAGGCGCCUUUAGCAUGUGCACAUUCUGGCUCGUCGAAGCCCUCACCCGCGCUGGUGUCUAUGAUUCCAAGUACCUCAUCCGUGCAGUCAACAUCUUCGAGAACAUGCUCAGCUUCUCCAAUCACCUGGGCAUGUUCUCGGAGGAGAUCUCGCGAUCCGGAGAGCAACUGGGCAACACCCCGCAAGCAUUCUCGCAUCUUGCGCUUAUUAGUGCCGCGUUCAAUCUUGACCGUGCUACGGAUUUCAAGCGCUAG